AUGCGCGCACGACAACAUCCCGAAGUUAUAGCCGAACUAGACAACCGCACAUACUCCCAAUGGUUGUUGGAUUUGGGAAAUGGAACGAUACCAUACACUACUCUAAGUGCUAAGGCUAUAAUCGGAGGCAGUCGCGCCCCACAGGACCUAAUACAAAUUCCACGAACGUUUCAAUUGGAUAACAUCAACCAAUUGAUUGAAUUUGUUUUUGACAAUGAUUAUGUCAACAAGAACAAUGGUAAUAAAGCCAUUCUAUGUCCUACGAAUGCCGCAGUGGCCCACGUAAAUAACAUCAUUUUGGACAAGCUCGUAAACAUCGAAGAGCGGACAUAUUACAGCAUUGAUGAGUACAAUCAAGAAGAAGACGACGACGAAUUUCACGUUACUAUGGACUUGCUAAAUUCAAUUGAGGCUGCUUCGUUACCUCCACAUGAACUAAAGCUGAAGAUCGGUGCUAUAGUAAUGAUCCUAAGGAACGUGGACGUCGAAGACGGUAUCUGCAAUGGAAGUAGAGUUCGUGUAAUAGGUUUGGGCGAGCAUAUUAUUGAAUGUGAACUUUUAAGCGCUGAUGGUGAACAACAACGACCAUUAGAAACAACCGAUAAUACUCGAAGAAUAUUAUUGGGAGAUGACGAUCUUGAGGAAGACGAAGAACAUCGAAUAUUCGUCGAAGAUGACAAUGAUAGUGCCGAAGAAUCGUCCGACAAUGACAGCGCCUGCGAUGUAAUCAAUGAAUUACAAAAUUUCGAAAUAAAUGAUAUGCUGGCUAACAUCGACAUCGACCAGUAUCAAAACAUCGACAAUACUACGGCAAAUAGAAGCUCAGACCUGUUUAUAAGAGAAGACGAAAUAAUGGAAAGCACGUGCUGGGAGAAGAUAAUACAGCACGUGCUGGCAGAAGAUCACAUCGUUGGCACUAACGACAACGAACGACGAGUAGGAGAAACAGAAGAAGUAAUGGUAGAUGAAAUCCGUCAAUAUCAAGAUUUCAGGUUUGUCAGCUCAAUGGAAGCAACAUGGCGCAUUUUAGAAUAUAAAAUGCACGACCGAUCUCAUUCGGUGUUAGUAUUGCCUGUGCACCUACAAGGAGAACUUACCCUGCUAUAUGAAGAAUUUGAUGAUUUUGAUAACAUCCAAAGACGUCUGGACAGUCGAUCGAAAUUAGAAGCUUUCUUCAAGCUGAAUAGAGAAGAUCAAGAGGCAAGACGGUAUUCGUAUGCGGAAAUACCAGAACAUUACACUUGGGAUAAUAAAAACGCAGAAUGGAAGAGGAGCAGACAAAUAAGUAAACAAUUAGGAUGCAUAGUCUGA